AUGGCGAGUCUUGGUAAGAUCCCUGUGUUUGCUGGCGAGGAUUAUGCUUAUUGGAAGUCCCUCAGUCCAGAACUCGAGGUCGCCGCACUGCCCCUGCCUCCGCCGCUCCUGCAUUGUGCGGGCUCCUCCUCUGCUUUCGCGCACGUGCGCGCCGUCGCGCUGGGUCAUGAGGUGUUCCUCAUCGGCCGCGGCGCCAUGCUGCGGGUGGACGCACUCACGGGCCUCGGCUACGGCAUCUCCUGUUAUAUUGCCGGCACCGCGCACGCCGCCACGCUCCUCGCCGCCACCGACACAGCAGCCCCGCCAUCCGCAACCGCUGUGCCGGGCCUCAACGUCGCCGCCAUCGACGCAGUGUACCCCAAGUACCCGCACGUCGCCGGCCCCGGUGACGACGGCGGCAGCCCGUGCGCCAUCUGCCUCGGCGAGUUCGCGCGCGGCGACGAGCUGCGCCGCGGGCCCGGGUGCGAGCACCGCCUGCACGCGUGCUGCGCUGAGCUGUGGCUCCGGGUGAGCGCCACCUGCCCCGUGUGCCGCGACUCCCCCGUCGCCACGCCGCUCGCGGAGGCCGUGCCCCUCGCCGCGCUCGCACGGUGA